AUGGAUAAUAUAAAUAAAUAUGAUAACAAAUGUUCAAUACAUAAAGAGUAUGAUAUUAAAUUGAUUUGUUCAACCUGUAAGGUAACAGUAGUAUGUAAUGAUUGUAUUGUUUCAGGUCAUAUUGGUCAUAAAUUUGAUCAUAUAGAUGUAGAGAAUUCAAAAGCAAUCUUUGAAGAAUUCAAAAAUAAUCACCUUCAAAAUUUAAAUAACCAAAUCGGUAUCAAUAAUGAGCUAUUGAAAGAAUCAAAUAAUUUAUUUAAAUCAUUAGAAGAUAAACACACUGAAAAUGUAAAUACAAUCACAGAAGAAUUUAAAGAACUCUCCAAAUUAUUACAAAUCAUUGAAAUUGAUAAAAUCAAACAAUUAGUAACAAUCUAUGAUGAAAAUAAAGAUACCAAUACAAAUAUUUCAACCACUAUACAUGAUAAUUUAAAUAUUAUUAAUUUAAUUACAAAUAAAUAUAAAAAUACAAUAAAUCAAAUAAAUAUUGAUGAAAUCAUUAAUAAUAAUAAAAACAAUAAUAAUAAUAGUUAUCAACAUAUUGAAAUGUUAAAACAUUGUCACCAAUCACAACUAUUAAUAAAAGAUAAUCAAAAUGUUAAUAAAAUCAAAGAAUUAAUGAAUCAAUAUAAAAAUGUAAAUAUUGUAAAUAGUGAACAAGUUAAAAAUUCAAUUAAAGAAAUAUUUGAAAUUAGAGAUUCCCCCUCUAUUACAAAUGUAAAGGAUCCAAAAAGAGUUACUGUUUUAGGAUAUGAAUAUUUUUUUUAUAAAAAUGAUUCUGUCAUUCCAAAAGGUACUAUUCGUGUAGCGAUUGCACCAAGUGUUAAAACAAUUGAAAUAGGUUCAAUUCCAACAUCGGUUCAAUUUUUACUAUUACUUGAUGGAUUCAAUAUUCAACUAACAAAAGGUAUGCUACCAGAAUCAAUUACAUAUCUGCUCGUUGGUGCAAUUAAAAAACCAUUAUUAAAAGGUUCAAUACCAAAUUGUGUUUCCAAUUGGUUUUUAUUAGAUGGAUUUAAUCAAGAAAAAAGUGAAAUACCACAAUCAGUUAAUUUAUACCUUUUUGAUACUCCUUUAACAAAUUUCCCAUUUGAAACUUUUGUUUACAGAACUCCAAAAUAUAAACAACAACUCACUCAUCCAAAGGUGAAAAAUUGUGAUGUUACCAUGUUAGGUUGGGAACCAAAAAUUGAACUUUAA